AUAUAGGUAUACAAUAUGUGGGAAUAAAAGGUCGUAAGCUCAGACCACGGAGCUGCAAAUUAAUGGUUAGUCAUCUACAUACACUCACUGAAUCAACCAACACAGGGAAGGGAUUCCUCUUUAGCGGCGCUGACGAUCAGCUUCCCCACAUUGAGCUUUUGAUCACUGCAUCUUCUUAUCAUGGAGGGAGAAGAGAGCUUGCUUGAUUCCGUUUUCGAUGCGGAGAAUGUUGAAGAUAUGGACGAUGUUGAUAUGGUUGAUGUGGAAGAAGGAGAAUUGGUUGGGAACAAUCAUCAAGCUGAGUUAGGAGAAAGCAGGAGCAUGUAUAGUGAUGCAGUGGCUCAAGAACCUCAAAGUAAAAAUCAGAAACGUAAGAGUAAAAGGAAGAAAAAUAAGAAAAAGAAGGGUGGUGCAGGGUCUGAUGUCACAGAUAUUAAUAGAUUUGUGUUAGAUACUUGUAGGCGCUUGAAAGAGAGGAAGUCUUACCUUGUAUGGACUGCAGUGGGCUGCCUGGGUGUGUCGGCUCUGUGUGAUCUUGUGAAAGAGGUGGAUGCAAUUGAAGCUUGUGGUGGUCAAAAAACCGCCGAUGGAAGACGCUUUAGAUCUGGUGGUGGGAUUUUGUGGAGCAUCCUGAAAGCGCGUGAUCCAAAAGUUUUCAAGGAGAUUAUGAAAAAAGGAAAGGAAUUUGAGAUGCAAUUUAAACGACCCGAUUUGAGGAAAGAACCAAAGCAGAACAAACAGACCUGCUUUAAAGCAGGUGGAGGAGAACCUCCGGUGCAAAAAAAUGGAACUGAAGUAAGACAGACUCAGAAACAACCUGUUCAUGAAAGAAUCCGUGUGCCUGUUUCCUAUGACGAUUUGCUUCCCAUUGAGGAUCCAAAGGAUAAGUAGCCCGCCCGUGAGUUUGGGUAAUGAAGCUUUCUAGAGUGCGACAUGCAAGAAGUUUUGUGAUGGUUUUAUUUAUAAAUUGCGCUACUUUUACAGUUAUGAUCAUCUGUUGGUUGUUCUCAUGAAUGGAAGCGUUUUAAUCUGCAUUUGUUCCGAAAUUACUUGCAUAAAUUUUGAAGUUAUAUAUAUAUAUACACACAACACAAGCAUUUGUUUGUAUUA